UGUUUUGGAUUUGGUUCCGAGCAAAAACAAUCAGCUGAAUGGCGUUCCGCGUUCUGAUAAACGCACUAGCUAAUUAAUUUCUACUUAUUUUCGCGGAGUGUCCCCAUUUUAAUCUGUUUUCCGUUCAUUCUUUAUUGAAGAGUGUGCUCCGAGAUUAAACACUCAAUAUCACCUCACUGAGCACUGAGUUCUGUCUCUCAAAGUUCGUCUCGUGUGCUCUGUGUUAUUUAUUUACUGACCAAGAUGGCUGAGAAAGCGGAAGAAGCCAAUGGAACGGAAGAUAAAAAUCCAAGUGAUGAACCACUGGCAGAAGGCAGCAAAAGCAACAGCAACGGAAGUAAUUGGUGGGGCUCCUGGUACAGCGCUGCCAAGAACAAGUCUGUGGAAGUCCUGGAUUUUGUGAAAAAAGAUUUUGACGAAUUUUCAACUGCAGUGAAGUCUGAAGCCAGCAGUGUUGUCAAAUCAACGUCCACCAUCUUUAAAGAAACCCUUCAGUUGGACAAACCAGAAUCAACUGCAAGCAACGUAAAGAGGUCUGUAUCAACUUUCUUGGAUCAAGUCGGUUCUGCCCUGAAUCCAGUUGCAGAUGAUAGUGAUGAGGAAGCCAUCUUAAUUAAAAGUAACGAACCAGUUGCCAUUUCCCGAUUGCAGGCUCAAAUAUUAGAAAUAGCAUCAAAUCCCAAAACAUUCUUAACGGAGAUUGAAGAAUGUUACUCAAAACAAUUUGAAGCUUGGCUUGAGGUGACAGAGAAUGAAGACAGCAGCCCACUUUCAGCUGAAAAAUUGACGAAACUUUUGCAUGCCAAUCCCAAACUUCAAGAGAACUAUGAAGCUUUAGUUCCAUCUCAGGUUUCUCAUGCUGUGUUUUGGCAACGAUUUCUGUUUCGCAAAGCGCUCCUGGAAGACGAGGAGGCCAAUCUACAAAGAAAAAUACUGAGAGAAAAGCAGUUGCUUGAAAAUUAUCAGAAAGAGAAAGAGAAAGGUAUUGGUGCCCAUCUUGAGUUGACGGAAGAUCAACAGAUUAAAAUCCUAAAUGAGUAUGAUGAGGAAAGGAGAAACUCUUUAGGAACCGAGCUUGCUCGAUCACAGUCAAAAUCCCCUGAUGGAGGUAUUCCUGUUCGUGAAAAAAAAGAUAUGGUCAUAGUUGGAGAUAGUUCCACCACAUCAUCAACUCUUUCAAGCGGUGAUAAAGAAAGCACAGAAGAUGACUGGGAAAAAGAUUUCGAAGUUGAUGAUGCUGAAAUCAAAUCAUGAACAAUGCGCGAAUAGCAGUUGACACGUAAUCGAAGCUAUAUCUGAAAUCUCUGUCCAUAGUUUGUGUAUCCGUUCGGAAGACGAUUUGUUUGCUUGUGUUAAUCAUACUGUAGUUCCUCAUUGUUGCCUAAGUACCUUUAGUGUAUUUGCUCUUUGAGACAUUUUCAGCAGAAGGCAGUUGCUAGGGUCAUAAUUUUUAUAGUCUCUGUUCAAUGCAUCUGAUUUUAGGUGGGGCAUCAAAUAAUUUGUUCCUUCCCCUCCGCCUGAAGAAUGUUUGAUUUCGAUGAGCUGUUGUAAGCUCUGGUGUUUCCAGGAAUCUGCAUCUUCUGUUUUUGAUCUUGCCAAUGUGAAGCACAGUACAAACUUUCGAAGAUCAGUGAGGCUUUUUUUAUCAUUAUUAAUGAUUCGCGAUCAAUAGUGCUGUUUCCUCAAAAACUUCGGUUUUUUUUUUCUACGCGUAUCAAUGAUAAAAUCCAUAGUUUCAGGUCAAGCUGAAACUAUGGUAUGAAUAGAACGACUCUGUUUUACCACGAAACCUAUAUCUGUUCUAGCAAUAAGUCAAUGGAUAAAACCACCAUCUAACAAUCGUAUUGACGGUGAAACUGCAAAAAUACUUAUCUUCGUUAUCGUUUUUCAAAAUCUCCGCUCCAGUUUUAUUUUUUAAAGGAGACCUAACGAAUAUCAUGGCUUGAAUUUUUCACAAAAUAUUCCUCAUGUAGGGAGGAAAAAUCUUCCAAGUUUUCAAGAUAUGAUGUUUAAUAGUUUUCCAUCUGAAAAAUAAUGUAUGAUAGGAAGUCUGCAACGCUGCAAACUGAAUUACGCAUUUCUGCAGCUUCACCAUUGAUAUAUCGAACAACAGCAUCAAUGUAAAUUGGAAGAGAAUCUAUUGAUGUCAUGUUGUAAUGCUUCCCUCUCCUCACAAUUAUUAUAACUUGAGCAAUUAAGCUGAGUAUUCAUUACUUUCUAAUUUCAACCAAAGUAAUUUCGUAUCAAGAAGCUGCUGACAUAUACUUGGAGUUUGGGACAGUUCAUCAAUUUACUGAUGCAUCGUAAAUUAAUUUUAAUAGCUUGUCGGUCAGUUAUUUGUUUUAUCGAAAAACUUUCAUGGUUUGGUUCUACCCAGUUCUAGUGAGCAGAGUAUUUCAUAUUUUUACUGCUGAUUUUUUUUUUUUUUUUUUAAAGGGCUUAACUGCCUCUCAUGAGUUCUGAGUUUCCAUUUUUAGUUUUACUCGCGAGAGUUCAUGGUUUUCGUCUUCUCAUUUCGGAAGUUAGUCAAUAACGUAAGAGAUUUGGCAUUUUGCUUUUAAUUUUGUUUGUUUGUUGUUUUUAUAUGUUUUCAAAAGUAGAGUUUGAUAAAUCUCGCUGUAUAAAUUAUUUUAUUAUCAGAAUCAUUUUCCUUCUGAGGGUGAAAAUGCCACUUCUUAGAGAAGCCACCACAAAAGCCCUCUAUCUCUUUGAAAUUAGAAACAGAGUUUUAAGCGUAAAACUUGUUUGAGUUUCAAUGCACCGUUUGUGGUCAAAUCGGUAGUAUAAAUUUGCCAUCAUGUUAAGAGUAAGAGCAUAUGAAUGGAUCGCCGCAAGGCACAGAAGCUUUUUACGUCAGUGAUACUUAAGGACUACUGGAAAAUUGUAUAGUAGUCCAAAAAAUAACUCCUGUAUUACCAAUGACUUUUCUAUAAACACAGCGGAUGACUCAACUAAGUAUUAAAGAACAAAGUGGAGGAAUAAUGGUGCUAAUUGGAUUGAAAAAGGAAUCAUUUGACCUCAAAUAAUGUCUAAUUUUAAAUGUCAUUGAAAACUGAUUCUGAAUCAAAAUUCAAAUUGAUUUACAAUUUGUAUUUACUUACUUCAAAACUACUUCAUGUGCAAAGUGCUUACCUUUUUCAGUUUACUUUUUGUCUUAUUUUUUUUAAAUGUAUUUUUUCAUACCAAAAAUUUUUGUUGUUUGAAACAGAAAUGGCGAACACUCAUUGUCUUUAAAUUGAAGGUUGGCUACAAAGUGAGAAUAGAUAUACAACUUUAUACUUUUUUUCUUACAGAGAAAAACAUCUAUAAGGGAUCACCAGUGAGCACUAGUGAGCAUCUUUAAGUGAUUUUAUUUUGAGGGACAAAACUCCUCUGAAGGUUCUGACUGGUUCUGUCUAUGGAUCAUCAACAUUAGAUUUUAAUUGGAUGAAUCAAUAAUGAAUUACCAUCCUUGGCUCAUCCAAAAAAAAAAAAACACCCAUUUUCAUGGAGGAACUAUCAGCAUUUAUGUAUUUCAUUUAAUGAGCUAGAAAUGGAUAGUUGUUCCUUGUCGUGUAGUGGAGUCUGUUUUGCCAUUGAUGAAUCCCUUAAACUAUAAAAAAGUGCUAAAAGUUAAUUUUUACAACCAAUUGCUAUACCAUUGCCAUGCUGUACAGUCUUGGUUGUCAACUGUAAAAAUUCAUCCAUAAUAUUUGGAUUUCAUUUUUUAAUAAGGAACUACCAUUUCUGGCCCACCCGUAAAAUUACUUACCUGCAUCGGAAAA